AUGGCUACGUACUACAUGUACUUCCCAUUCCUUACCUGCGAGGUGAAGUGCAGUGAUGCAGCACUUGAUAUUGCAGACCGACAGAAUGCCUACAGCAUGACACUUGCUCUAAGAGCCACUGUUAAGCUCUUUCGACUUGUUAGUCGUGAGAUGGAGCUUCACCAAGAGAUUCUUGCUUUCUCAAUCUCGCAUAAUCACAGGUUGGUGGGAAUCUAUGGAAACUACCCAGUUAUUGAUGGGAAGGACACUAAGUGCUAUCGCCAUCUAAUACGCACGUUUGAUUUUACUGAGCUGGAUGGAAAGGAGAAAUGGACAGCAUACAAGUUCACUAAGAAUGUGUACGACAUAUAUAUGCCAAAUCACUUUCAAUUGCAAUGUUCAGCUAAAGACCAAAUUCCGGCAGAUCUAGAUUUCAGCGUUCCGCAAUUUUCCCAGAGUUUUGGACUUUCACAAGACCUCGAGCGCCACCAUCUCUCGGGGUCGAGCCAGCCCGAUUCUCAAUCACAAGAGCACAGCCAGCAAAUGUCCCCAUAUAGAUGUUGA